CAACUUUCUUCGAGCUCAAGAAACAUGCGAAAAGCGGGAAGUCGAAACCGUGAUCGGGAGCCCUAAACGGAGGAGAAAAAGGAGAGCAACGAGAUGACAGAGACGGAUAGUAAGAGGAAAGUACGUAGGGGGAGUAGUGGCUCCGCUUCUGUAUCCCAAACACUUGCUUGGUGGAAGCAGCACAAUCAUCAGCUUGGCAGUUUCCUUGACAGUGAAAAGCAAGUGGUAAAGCCACCUGCGAAAGGUUCAAAAAAAGGAUGCAUGCGAGGUAAAGGAGGACCAGAGAAUGGCAGUUGCAGAUAUCGUGGUGUAAGACAGCGAACAUGGGGCAAAUGGGUCGCGGAGAUCCGAGAACCAAACCGAGGAGGCCGUCUUUGGUUAGGAACCUUUCCUGAUGCCACCCAAGCUGCUCUUGCUUAUGAUAAUGCAGCAAGGGCAAUGUAUGGAGCUCUUGCUCGUGUCAACUUGCCUAGCAGCGCCUUGUGUGAACCGACCGCGACCUCGUAUCAUUCAGAUGCUGCUGAUGCCUCCAUCUUUAGCCAAGAUUCUCAUCAACAGGAUGCUGUGGGUAUAUCUGUGCUUCGCCAGACUGACAUGGAGGUUCAAAGAACUGGUCAUGACGGUGCAACAGCCAUGGACCAUGCACUUCGACACAAAGAAGCUGGAAUCAAGCUUCCCAAGGUGGAAAAGAUAGAGGAGGUAGGAUACUAUGAUGCUGCGAACAAUACAUCCCAACUCCAUCAGACUGAAACCAGGUUUCCGAAGAUAGAGCAGAGAGAUGAGUUGGGGUGUUAUGUUGAACCAUCAUCAUCAUCUGCAGCUGACACUUCGAAUAUCGUUUUCCAAGAGUCGAACAUGGAGGAAGAAUUCUCCAUGGAAGAGAUGCUGAACAUGAUGGCUACUGAUAUGACAAAUGAUGAAGGCGUCACUGGUUCAAACUGGCAACACCACUUGCCUGAAGAUAUCACAUACCAUUCUCAAAAUCUAGAUCCUGCUGCCAUGAUCUGGGGUCUGUACCCGAACCUGCUGGAUGUUGGCUUCAGCAACAGUCUGAUGGUGCCCAUCGGUGAUGAUUGGAACACUUUGCAAGUCGACUCUCCAAAGAGUAUAGCAGGGUUUGGAAUGUCCAACGCAGACGUGCCUCCAAACCAAUAGAGCUCAACAUUCUGGUAAGGAAGACAGUUCUGGCUCAACAAAAUUACCUCGAAUCCUUGUCCAAAACGCCGUCAGUCAAAUAGCAUGUGAUUACUCCAUUUAUUAUUCACAGGCAUUUUGCAUACUAUAGAUUUUUUUUUUUCUCUUAGAAGAAUUUAACUAGUAUAUACAUGUAAUAUUUAACCCAAUAGGUUUUCUAGUAUCAGUUUUCUUUUACCCAGAGUUGUUGGAUGCUGAAAAAAAAGUGAAUGUUUUACUCAUUAGGGCAUCCAUAACGAAGUUAAUGCCUCAAGCAUUAGCCAUUAACGAUGACAUGCCUCAGGCAUUAGAUCAUCAAGCAUUAGCCAUUAACGAUGACAUGG